AUGUCCAGACCAGAGUGUGGGUCAUGUAGAAGUAGUAGUAAGCAUGGCAAACUGUUGAAGUGUCUGCACUCGUUGUGUGUGGAGUGUUUGGAAAAACACAUCAGUGGCAAGGGCUCUGUGGGUUGUCCUGAAUGUGGAGCAACCACUCCACCACCACAAGGAGGAGUGCCCUUGCUGCAGUACCUGCCAGACAGUGAUGUGUCUAGUGAUGGAGUUGGGGAGGAGGUAGCUGCUGCAAGUGCUGGCCGUAAGAAGUUGUGUGAUGAAUGUGCUGAGGAUACAGCAGCAGUAGCUGUUUGCAAGGACUGUGGUGACAAUUUCUGCACUGACCAUGCCAGGGUGCAUCCAACCUCACGCAGAUCAUACAAACACAAGGUUGUGCCACUCAGUGAGGCUGCAGGAUAUACAGGUGAUAGAACAUCAGCCAGCCAGUACAAAUGCUCAUUCCACUCCUCGUUUGUACAGUGUUCGUAUUGCUUGAGUUGUGAGCAGCUAGUGUGUAAGCAAUGUGUAAGCAGUGGUGAUCAUGCUGCUCACAAUGUGCAGACUAUCACUGAUGCAUCUUCUAGCAUUCGUCAGUCUUUGAAUUCCAAGCUGACUAGCACAUCACAUGGAAGUGGCAGUGUUUUUGAUGAGUCGAUCAAGAAGUCGGAAGCGGCACUGAGUGGACUCCGUAAUGAGACUGAACACGUGACAUCUCGGAUCAGCUACGUUUUUGGUGGUCUCAAGAAAGCCAUUGAAAACCGUCAGCAGGAGCUUCUGGAUGAGGUGGAUCGAUUGCAGUUGUCACAUCUUCUUCCCCUUGAAGAGCAGAAGCGGCAAGUACUUGCUGGUGCAUCGUAUAGCAAGAAAGUUCAACAUCUGGUAGAAAACUGCAAUGAGGAUAUGAACUUCUUGAAAAUGAGUGGAUGGCUGGAGGAAGCAGCGAAGAAUGCUGUGAGUGCGUCCGAGAGAGAUGUGAAGGGGUUUGCUCUGGGAACUCUAUUGUUUUCACCACACCACGCCGAGGAGCUUACUGCGGCCAUUGCCAGAACUGGUGUGGUGAUUGACAUUGGUAUGCUGUCAUCGGAGAAGAGUAGCAUGACUACUGCAGCCCGUGUUCAGGAGGGAGACGACCUUACCGUGAUCAUUGAGCCAAGGAAUGGCCACGGUGAUAGUCUGGCUGUGACAGAGGCACAUUUGUCUGGUGUUCACGUUGAAGUAACAUCGCCGGACAACACCACCACCGACACCAUUCAUCCUGUGCUGAUGCCCGACAAUAGUCCUAAUGAAGGCACUAACAUGAUUGCAACGUACAAGACGACCGGAAAGAAGGGUUCAGUGCAGGUAUCAGCCAUGAUUGGAGAUCACCAUGUAGCUGGAAGUCCUGCAAUGGUUACCAUCGUGGAUCUGCUACCACAGUUUGAUCCCGGCCAAUGCCAUGCUGAUCUUGCACUGUCAAACAACAACCGAACGGUUACUCGUGGAGCUGCUGCUAGCGGUAACUGGAGGUCAGUAUGUGGCGUGAGGAAAUGGAGUAGCGGCAAACACGAGAUAUCCCUCCGUCUUGAUCGCAUCACGGCUGGUAAAGUUCACCACAUGUUCUUCUUGUGCAAUCCCCAGCGUCCACUGCUAGACGGCUAUCAAAGAGGAAAGACCACAUCGUUUGGAUGGUAUGGCUACAGCACCGGUGAUGGUGGUGACUGGACAGGCAGUGCUCUGGGUCAGCGAUGGCAAGCCGGUGACGUCAUUCAUAUGUCGUUGGAUUGUGACAAUCACACGUUAGUCGGUCGUCAUGAGCGUACUGGAGCAACCCAGACACUGAGCAAUGUGACAGGGGAACUCUACCUCUACAUCAGCCUGUACAGCAGUGGAGACCAAGUUACUAUUCUGUGA